ACCCCUUUUAUCUCCAAGUCUCCAACUACAGCAAUCGGGGGAUGCACAGCAGAUUAGACAAGUGUAGAAUAUCCCAGUCUAUUCUAACGGACGUUUCGAUCGCCUUCGCCGCCGCCUCUAUCCCCGAAAACCCUAACCUGGUUCAUACCUCGCCGCCUCGCCCGCCGCACCGCCCCCUGCUUCGCCGUCGGCCUCGGCGCGCGAGCUCAAAUCCUUCCGGUGAGGCGGAGGCGGAGGUGAUCCGUGCAGCGCGCACGCCGCCUGUUCGACGGAAUGCCUCCGGCGAAGAGGGGCCGGAGGAUGAUGGACCUGGACGGCGGCGGAGGCGAAGACCGCGUCGGCGCGCUCCCGGACGAGGUGCUCCACCACAUGCUGUCGUUCCUGCCGGCGCGGGACGCCGUGCAGACGUGCGUGCUCGCCCACCGCUGGCGCGACCUCUGGAAGUCCGCCACGGGGCUGAGGAUUGGGAGCGACGAGGAAGACACGGCGCGCGUGCGGGAGAUCAGGGUGUUCGUCGACCACCUCCUGCUCCUCCGCGGGUGCGCGCCUCUCGACAUGUGCGAGCUCAAGUUCUGGUUUGACAGCGACGAGGACGACGACGAGGAGGACGAGGAGAGCAAGAACGAUGCCCGCCGGGUGAAUCUCUGGAUCCGGAGUGCUGUUGCCUCCAAGGUUCGUAAUCUCGUGCUCAACAACAUCUGCAGUGGAAGCUUUGAGCUGGAUGAUUUGCCUCUUGUCUCUCGCCACCUGACGAGGCUAGAGCUCUUUAACCUCGAGCUAACCAACAGAUUCUGCAACUUCUCGAGCUGCCCGGCGCUGGAACAUGUAAAGAUUGCCAACUCCACCGUAUCAUGUCCCAGGAUUAUCUCAUCAUCCACCGGGUCACUACUCCGUUUGAUCAUCACUCGAUGCUCUUUCGUUGUCGGUACUAGCUUCCGCACUAAAAUCUGUGUCCCCAGUCUUGUUUCACUGCAGCUGGACAGCAAUUCGAAGACUCCUCUACUUGAGAGUAUGCCAUCGUUAGCAGAGGCAACUGUCAGAGUCACCGCUGGAUGUUCUGACGUUUGUGGAAAUGCUGAUUCUGGGUAUUGUGGUUUUGAGGAUUGCAAGUACUGUUAUCCCAUCGAUGACAACAGAAACUGUGUGCUUCUGAAUGGUUUAUCAGAAGCUAAGAAUUUGGCAUUGACAGCUGAAUGCAAAACGUUUAUUUUCAAAAGGGACUUGCAAUGGUGCCCUACAUUUAGCAAGCUGAAGACUUUAUUGCUAAAUGACCACUGGUGUGUGGCCCCUGACUUCCAUGCAUUAAGCUGCAUUCUCAAACACUCACCGGUUCUCGAGAAGCUUACUCUUCAUCUUUUUUCCAAGGGACCUGAACAUAAAGUAGAAUUGAAUGGGAGUUUUGGUUUGAUGGACAGACCAACUGGAAUAUCAGAGCGCCUUAACAUAGUGGAAGUCAAAUGCAAAGUGGUCGAUGAGAAUGUUUCCAAAGUUCUGAAGUUCCUGUGUGCAUGUAACAUACGAUUCAGUUUUCUGUAGGGGUGGAUAAAUUUGGAUUGUCGACCAGUCUACUAUCUCUUAAUUAUAUAUAUAUUUAGAGUGGAGGGGGUUAAGUUUGAUGCAACAAAGUUGCCAUGUCUCAGCUAUAUGUAUUUUUUUCUUUCAUUUGCAGUUAUUGCUGACAAUUUCUUUAAGUCAGAGUGGACAAUAUCACUUUUCUACAGCUCUAGAUCAUCUAGUUGUUCCUUGUUUAUCAUGCCUUGCUGUUUCAGAUGUAAACCUCUGUUGUGUGCGGAUUUGAUCAGUUAUCUGAAAUUCUUAAUAGACUAGUGUGUCUUCAGCAUAUCUUGAUCAGCUUAAUUGGCUC